AUGAGAUCUCAAGGCUUCUCUCUUUCUUAUAAACACAUCUACAAAAUGAGUCCAAACCCACAAAGAAUUAUUAACUUACAAAGAGAAUACCAAAACUCCUCCAAGAAGUUGUGGAUGAGAGGUAAGAACGCCAAGUUGUUGGUUUUCCCAUUCUACGCUUUGUUCACCGUCACCACUGUUGUACCAUUGUACUACGCUGGCAGAGCCGUCUGUGGUCUCAAGGACGAAUAG